AUCAAUUUGCAGCUUCUAUCUCAGGCAUGGAGAAGAGCAAGGUUCUUGUAGUUGGUGGCACUGGCUACAUCGGAAGAAGGAUUGUGAAGGCGAGCUUAGCUCAGGGCCACGAGACCUUCGUCCUGAUGAGGCCGGAGAUCGGCCUCGACAUCGACAAGCUCCUUAUGCUGCUGGCGUUCAAGGCGCAAGGAGCACGUCUCGUCGAGGCGUCGCUUGACGACCACCACGCCCUCGUCGCCGCCGUGAAGCAGGUGGACGUGGUGGUGUCGGCCAUGUCCGGGGUUCACUUCCGUAGCCACAACCUCAUGCUGCAGCUCAAGCUGGUGGAGGCUAUCAAAGAAGCUGGGAAUGUCAAGCGUUUCCUACCAUCUGAAUUCGGCAUGGACCCAGCAAGGAUGGGUCACGCCCUUGAACCAGGAAGGAUCACAUUUGAUGAGAAGAUGGAGAUAAGGAGGAGGAUAGAAGAAGCAAACAUUCCCCACACCUACAUUUCAGCGAAUUGUUUUGCUACUUACUUUGCUCCUAACCUGUGUCAAAUGUCUACACUUCUUCCACCCAAAGAGAAAGUUCACAUAUAUGGAGAUGGCAAUGUCAAAGUGGUAUUCAUGGACGAAGAUGACGUCGGGACAUACACAAUCAAGUGCAUUGAUGAUCCACGGGCCUUGAACAAGACAAUAUACCUAAGACCGACAGAGAACAUCCUUAGUCAAAAUGAGUUGAUUGCUAAAUGGGAAAACCUCUCAGGAAAGGUUCUUGAGAAAAUCCCCAUUACAAGUGAUGAAUUCUUGGCGUCAAUGGAAGGUAUGGACCUUGCUAAUCAGGUGGGGGUAGGACAUUACUACCACAUUUUCUAUGAGGGUUGCUUGACAAACUUUGACAUCGAGGAGGAUGGGAAAGAAGAGGCUUCUCUGCUCUACCCAGAAGUUCAAUACACCAGGAUGGACGAGUGCAUGAAACGCUAUCUGUAAACACACAACACGUGGUGCACACCACCUAUGCUCACAUAAAGUUUCAUGCAUAUGUUACUUUCACCGUGUUCAAAUUAUUCAGGUUAUAACCAAGUCAAUAAUUUGUGAUCUACCAUCUAGUGGUUCCUUGGAAGUGUCCUAUAAUUUAGAUUUCUAUUCAAGUUAAGUGAAUACUAUGUUAGUUUGUAAUAGUUACGAAUUAUGUGUCUUGUAACUUUCAAAUUGUGAAAUCUUUAUUGUUGGUUACUCAGUUUGGACUUUUUGUAAUGAGCUUGUAUGUUUUUAUUUGGAUUCUA